AUGGACUUUGGGACGCCAUGUCAGACCCUCCUACCACCACCCUUCCACUGCCCUUUACUCCCUCACCCCCCAGAUUCCCAGGGGGUGGGGUCAUUCUGGACCUUGCUACUUCCUGCUCCUGGCAUCCACUGCUCAGAGAGUAUGGAGCUGUGGAGACAGCUGAGGCAGGCUGGACUGGUGCCCCCAGGGCUGGGUCCACCCCCCAGGGCCCUGAGGGGUGUCCCCUCAUCAUGGAGAGCUGGCCAGACCCUCACAUCCCCAGGGACAGACACCGAAGGUGCCAGGGAGAGUCUGCUGUGGAUCUGGGAGGAACUGGAGAACCUUCGAAGAGUGGAUGUCCAGCUGCUCGGCCAGCUGUGUACCUUGGGGCUGGAGAUGGGGCUGCUGCGGGAGGAGCUGGUUGCUUUCCUGGAAGAAGAGGAGGAGGAGGAGGAGAUCUUUGAGGAAGAGGAGGAGGAUGAAGAGCCAGAGGGAAAGCAAGAGGAAGUACAUCUGGGGGUCUCCUGCCCAGCCUCAGGCCAUCGGCUCCCCGACUUUGAGAUGACUAUCUGA